AGUGUAAAAAAAGACAUAAGAAAGCGUUGGGAAAGCUGAUAGAGAGAAACAGAGAUGGAGGCAACGAAAGAGAGAAUGGAAAAUGAACAUAAUAAGAGGAGAGAUGAAUCUGCCGUCGUCAACAAUGAUGCAGGAAAGGCCGAAGACACGGUCAGAGAGCUCGUUCGCGAAUCCAUAGUUGAUGGCGGAAGCGAUGGUAACAGGAACGGAGGUGAUAGCGCUCGCAAGCCGGAGGACAUUCUUGCUUUCUCAAGAACCGUACGGAAGAUUGAUUCCUCGCUUGAGUAGUUUUUAUGUAUUCUGUUUUUCUUUUGAACUUUUUGCUUCUAGACAUGUUCGUUUCUUCUUUUACUAUCAAUCUACUAGCAAAAUAAAUAAACAUUCAACAACAUCGUUCUACAUUUUGCGUACAUUAUCAAGGUUCAGAAUGGAUUGUAACAAAUUUUGGUACUAUAUUCGUAAGUUCCAUUCAGAUA